GCGCGACCCGGCAAACCGACGCUCUACGUUCCUCAGCAACGGUCACUUGCGAAAACCCAGCCCGGCACGCAUGAAGUGGGUCCUCAUCUGCGCGCUGGCGGCGCUGCUGCCUGCGAUCGAAGCCUACUGCCCCAACGGCUGCAACGCGCAGGGUACGUGCGGCGCCAACGACAAGUGCACGUGCUACCUCCGUAACGACGAAUCGACCGACCAGUUCCAGCCCAUGUUUACAGGCGCCGACUGCUCGCGCCGGACGUGCUCGCGUGGCGUCGCCUUCGUCGACGUCCCGACCGCCGACAACGUCGGGCACGCCCUCGUCGAGUGCUCGAACCGCGGCCUCUGCGACUUCGGGUCGGGCAUUUGCCAGUGCUUUCCCGGGUACGAAGGCAAGGCGUGCGAGCGCAUGAGCUGCCCGAACGAGUGCAACCACCACGGCGUGUGUCUCUCGCUCAAGAGCAUUCUCGCGUCCAGCGCGCAGGCGCCCGGGACGUACACGUUGGCGUGGGACGCAACCAAGUCCUACGGCUGCGUGUGCGACCAAGGCUAUCGCGGCCCCGACUGCUCGCUCAAGGAGUGCCCGAGCGCGUCCGAUGUGCUCCUUGGGUACGGCGCCAACGAAGGCCGCGACUGCGGCGGCCGCGGGACGUGCGACUACGUCACGGGCGACUGCCAGUGCUUUCCGGGCUACUACGGCACCACGUGCGGCUUCCAGAGCACCGUGCACUAAGCGAGGACGCACCUUGUACACACCAGACGCCUUGAAUAGUGUUACCUCGAUAUAUACUGCCUUAAUGCCAAUGGCUUGACUGUCA